AUGAAGUUUGGGAAAUAUCUUGCCUCAAGGCAAUUAGAGCUUCCAGAGUAUUCCGGGCAUUUUAUAGACUAUAAGGGUUUGAAGAAACUUAUCAAGAAAUUAGCUGUUCCUGCCAAUCAAAAUAGUUCUACAAACAGUAUUAGCGGAGUAGUAUCAGCUACAUCACAAGAGGUCCAGCAGGCAUUGAAAGAGAAUAAGGCAUCAUUUUUUUUUAGAGUGGAAAGAGAGUUAGAUAAGGUCAAUUCGUUCUAUUUGGAAAAACAAGCCAAUUUAGCUGUCACCUUGGAUUUGUUAGUGAUGAAGAAGAAUGAACUACUUUUAAAGUCUAAAGAGUACGUACAGAUUGGAAAUAGUAAUACAUCUGGAGGCUCUUCAUCUGGCUCUUCUAAUGCUAAUUUUAGAAAUUCAAUUUCGUAUUUGAAUUUGUAUCAAAAUUUCAAGAAAAUACACCAAGACCUCAUAAGAUUGCAACAAUUUAUAGAAUUAAAUGAAACUGGAUUUCUGAAAGUCGUGAAAAAGUGGGAUAAGAGAUCAAAGUCACAUACAAAAGAACUAUUUAUCCUGACAGCAGUUAGCGUGCAGCCAGUGUUCCAUAAAAAUGAAAUUAACGAGUUAAGUGAUUUAGUCACACAAUCCCUAUUUGAUUUAGAAUCUAUUUUAGAUGGAGAUUAUACGUCAAUCAAUAAUUUUGUGAAUACAAACCAAUCAAAUGAUACACAACAAAUAAUUCAAGCCUUAUCAAGAACAAGCUCAAAUACGAAUGUGAGUCAAUUAUCCCAUGAUGCUUCCAAUAUUGAAAGGAAUGGUUCUAUUAGUUCGAUUAAUUUUCUGUCAUUAAGAAACAACUCUGUUAUCAAUUUACAGAAUAAUGAAGUAGAUGAAUUGUACACUACUUUUGUUAACGUGGCGACAAUUAAAGAUCCUGAUUUAUCAUUAUUAUCACGGUGGAUAGACAAGGUUAGAUCUUCAUCUAAGAACCUGUCUUCAUCAAACUUAGAUCAAAUUGUCAAAUACAAAUUAUCCAAGAUUUUUUUGCUAGCUAUAACUAAUUUAAAAAUAUCAGAUUCAUUCUUAGAAGCAUUCUUGAAUUUAAUUAAUUACGACCUUGAUUUUGCUUUUAUAAGCGAUGACUUCAAUAACAAUAAGAAUAUUAUUCAUGAAUGUUGUUCUAUUCCUCCUGCGUCUACACACGAAAGCCAUCAUCAUGUUGUUAUAAACAAUGGAGUAAAGGUUAUAAAUUCCACUGAUAGUAUAAACCAUUCCAGAACCUCGAUAGUAAAUUAUAUUAUGAAUAAUUCAUCCAAAAAGACUCGUGAACAGUUGCUUGUCUGUAAAGACUUUAAUGGUAGAAAUUGCCUUCAUUACGCUGCUCAGAAUAGUAGACUUGAUUUGAUUAAUUUAAUUUCGCUGUUUUUUCCAAAAGACCAUAUUGAUGAUUUGGACAACGAAUCGAUGUCAGCCUUAUUAUUGGCUAUUAAGCAUGGGAACUUUGAUGUAAUUCAAAAGUUAGUUCAGAUGGGAAGUAAUUGUCAUCCAAAAUCUGAUGAAAGCAAAUUGCAAUAUCUUCCUAUUAACUACGCCUGUAAGUUUGGUGAUUAUAGGAUUUUAGAAUAUUUAUUAUCUAAAAGUCAACCAAACGAUAAAUUGAUUAAUCAACAAGAUGUUGAAGGGUUAUUGCCAUUACAUGUUAUUUCAAGAUCAGGACAUUACAAAUUGAUUAAAUUAUUGAUUCAUUAUGGAUCUAGAGUGAAUGAAUUUGAUGGCUUAAAUAAAUGGACGCCGCUUUUUUAUGCUGCUCUGGAGGGCCAUGUGAAAACAACCCAAGAAUUAGUGAAGUCAGGUGCCAAAUUGGAUCUUCUUGAUGAAGAUGGUUAUAAUGUUUUAUACUACUGUGUAAUCGAAGGUCAUAUUAGUGUUUUGAACGAGCUCUUAAGUUACUACAACGAUAUUUGUGGCAGACUUCCAAAUGUUAAAAGUUCUGGUACUCUCAAUUCUGAAAUGUAUUCAGAGGAUGGGAAAAAGGGCAUAGAGGAUUAUGGAACAGCACCUGCUGAUAAUUCUGCUACACUUGAUAUGGAGAUGUCGGAUGAAGAGGAUUCGGAAGAUAGUGGAAAUAUUGAUAAAAAUAUUGACUCUAUUCCAGAUCUCCAAUUACCACCACCUAUUUUACCAUUGAGGAGGUAUGGUCACAACUUCUUGGAACAGAAAGUUUUAAUUGAAUUGAUAUUCCCGAAGGACUCGGACUUUAUUAAUUUAUUCAAUUCUGCUGCGGAUAUGAAACCUGGAAGAAUAACGCUUACGUCCAAUAUAUCAGAUAUUGUUCCGCGGAAUAUAUUGUUGCCAGUAGCAGAUGAUACAAAAGCCAAUAAUAACUGUAUUUUUCAAGCUGAUGUUGAAUCAUUACACGAAUUCAAGAUUGAUUUUGAAAUAUUUCCAAAAUUCGGUACGAGACUCAUUGCUAAGACCACAGCGAUAACCUUUUCAAAAAUAGAUACUUCAUCGCCAGAAGUUAAUUCCAUUCAAUUGCCGUUGUUCGAUUUAAGGUUAAGGAAUGUUGGACAAUUGAAAUUUAAUUACCAAGUUAUUUACCCAUUUUCUGGAAACUUGCUUGAAACUUCAAAGUUUGAUACGUAUUGGAAAUCGUCCACAAGUUUCGUGAAAACAAGAACAAAUUUGAAACUUAAUGCAGCUGGAGGAUUGUCGCCUAAUAACUUUUUAUCACCUUCAAAUAUUAAUGCAGCCAAAGGUGGUAAUAACAAUGGCAACCAUAACAAUAAUAGUAACAAUAAUCCAUUAGCUUCGGCGGUUGAUUUAGGAGCCGGUUCUAUUUCUUCUUCCUUUGUUACAUCAACAUCCUUAUCAGGAGAAUAUCUAAGGAUUAGAAUAUGUCUAUUAAACGACGGUACACCCAUUGUUUGUCCACAGUGGUCAAUAGCAGUUACUGAAUUUAUUGACUUGUAUUUGCCAAACUUGUCGUUGGAACAAUUGAGUUCAAUCACAGAUAGCCUUUUUGAUUAUAAGAAGGUUAUAAGCGAUUUGUCCAAAAUGACAACCAAAGACAUUUCGUUAAUCAAGAAAUUAUUAAAAAUAAUUUAUUUCCCUUUGAAUAUGUUUUUGGAUAUUUUGAAUGUUGAUAUUAAUUUGAACUUAGAAUUGAUAUUUCCAUCAUCAUAUGAGUUAGAAAACUUACCAUUCGUUGGCAAUAUUCAACAGAAUUUAAACAAUUUUAUUGAUUUCACCUUGAAUGAUGUAUUCAAUCAUAUAAGAUCCCAGAAGGUUAAAAACUCAUCAGGUAACGGUAGGUCGAUUAUUUUCUUGUCUUCAAAUUCGUUGAUUUGCAAAAUUAUUAAUUGGAAACAACCUAAUUAUCCCGUAUUCUUGAGUAUGAAUGGAAUUUCUUAUAAUAGUAAGAAAGGCAUAUUCGAACCUAGGUCUGCGAAUGGUCUUUUAAUGAAUCAAAAACCAUCAAAUGAAGAUGAAGAUAGUGAGUCUAAAUCUUUGGAUAGUAAAGAUUUUAGUUGUGGUCAGGAAAUAACUAUCAGGUCUAUUAAGGAGGCAGUUAAUUUCACCAUUAAUAAUAACUUGAUUGGGCUAAUCGCGUCAAUUCAUUUAUUAAAUUUUGUUCCUAAACUAAUCCCCUUAAUUAGAUCCCGUGGGUUAAUUCUAGUGGCUGCAAGUGACCUAGCAGAUCAUGAAGAUGAAGAUAUCGUCAACAAAGAGUUAGAUUCAUAUACAAGAACUGAGAUCAACGGUUUAAGGUUCGAUGAUAUAUUAAGCUUUAAAGAUGAUAUAACCAUGUAG